CUCCACUCCAAACGAGGCAACGACGACUCCCUUCCCCUCUACAGCUCCCCUCUACCCGCGCGCGCGUCCCCGUGCCCCGAUGGGGUCGCCGGGGGUGGCGACGGCGGCGGGCACGGCGGUGCUGGUCUACCUGGUGCUGUCGGGCCGGCUCUGCGGGGACGGCGCCGACGGAGCAGUUGGCGGGCGGGGCGCCAUGGAGGACGAGAUGAUAUCCUCCGCGGUUUCUGCGGCCGCGGCGGCGAGGGAGCGGAGGAAGCAGGACGCGCGGUCCCGGCGGCGGGCGAGGCGGGGGCGGCGGUGGCCGGAGCGGGCCCCGCAAGGGUGGGGCGAGGCGGUGGUGGAGGCCGCCAGGACCGUGCGCUUCGCCUACGGGGAGACGCUCGGCAAGUGGUCCCUCGGGGAGCUCGCCUUCGGGAUCAACUACUACAUGCGGCAGCAGGGUAAUCUGCAGCAUGAGUAUGCUGGCAGUGAUUCUGUCCCACUGGGAGGGCCUAGGGCGAGGGAGGAGCUGAUUUCACUACUAAGAUAUAUGAAGCUGUGCAUGUAUUUCUCAAAGAAGCCAUACAAAGUGUUUUUAGAGUUUGGUGGCUAUGAUGAGAGUGAUGUUCUUAUUAAGAAAUCUAAGGCGAGGUUUCUGAAGCCUGCUUUCACAGUUGUGCGUGAAAGAAGUUCAAAAUGCUUUCUCCUUUUUAUUCGGGGGGCUAUCAGUGUUAAGGAACGGCUGACGGCAGCAACUGGAGCAGACAUUCCGUUUCAUCAUGUUGUGGCUAAAGGUGGUCGUGUGUCCAACCUAGUGUUGGGAUAUGCGCAUUGUGGAAUGGCUACAUCGGCUCGCUGGAUUGCAGGUCAGGCCACUCCUUGCCUCAGUAAAGCAGCCGCGCAAUUCCCAGACUACAGAAUUAUGAUCAUUGGCCAUUCAAUGGGUGCUAGUAUCGCGGCGUUGUUGACAUGCAUUCUACGUGAGAAUGAUAGGUUAUCAUCAUCUACAUGUAUCGCAUUUGGUCCAGCUGCUUGCAUGACAUGGGACUUGGCUGAGUCGUGUAAAGACUUCAUUACGACCAUUGUCAAUAGAAAUGAUGUAGUGCCAUCCCUUGGCAGAGUUUCGACUGCCAAGCUCCGUACAGAGGUUAUGGCAUCAACUUGGGUGCAUGAACUUCGUGAACAGAUUCAACAGACUAGAUUCCUAGGUUUCGUCAAUCGCUCUGUGAGCUUCAUGCGAGCUCAUGUACCCUUUGUAUCUGAUCCAAGAUCUAAGAUUGUCGAUGCCAAUAUGCUUCAGCCUUACACAUCUGAGGCUGAGAUUAAGCCUUCAGAAGAUAUCCAUUGUGAUGUGAAGAAACGCCCUUCGCUAGUUUGCUGGUCAUGUGGUUCUGCACAGAAGCAGGCUAUUGACCCUGAAAAACAUACUCAGGACAUGACAAAUGAAACUGAUGUUGAUGACAGAACUGAAAAAAGCGACACUGAAGCAGCAGCUCAGAAACUAGCCUCAGUUUCUCUUGGAGCGUCAGACGAUGAGGACACUAACAGAGAGGACAAUAAAUCACCUCCGAUAGGAACUGACAAAGGACAGGCCAUGGAAUUUCAAGAAUCCUUGACCAGCAAGCAGCAGGAACUGCCACCGUCAGGACCUUCCGAAUAUCCCCUCCAGCUAUAUCCUCCAGGACGAAUACUGCACAUGGUUGCAUUGCCAGCUGCAGAGCCAAACACAAGUCAGCAAGGUGGCCAGGAGGAAGUUGUCACCCUAUAUGAGACACCUCGACAUCUCUACAGCAAGAUUCGACUGGGGAAAUCCAUGGUAGGGGAACAUUACAUGCCCAAGUAUAUCAAUACAAUGGAGCUGUUGAUUGAGAAGCUUGCAGGGGAGGACGACGACGGUGACCAGCUGGAGUUGUUGUAGCAUUGACUGGUGUACAGAAUGAUUGUUGUACAGAUCGUGGAAACAAAAGUUAGUGUUUCAGUUUGCUAGUACCUUAGAUCUGAUUUUUUUUUAGGGUUUGCCAUAGCAAUAAAGAAGUUGUACAAUCUCUAGUUGACUCUGUUCUGUUUUUCUGUUCUCAUUUCCCUUUGACAAUCAUCACAGGAUCAGCUCAAAGAGCAGAAGCUUGGUGAUGGUUUCAGUAAUUCAGCAGUGUUGUUGUUCUUA